GUUAUGUCUUGACACGGUUGUAGUUAUUGGCUUAUUUAUUACUAGCACUUAACUGUGCACCCAUACAUACUCAGCACUUGAUCAAGAAGAAUCCCCUUGUUCUUGACCCAAAAAGAAAAGUUUCUAGAAACAAUAACUCAUAUUUUCCUUCUUUGGAUCUUUCUUAACUUUUUAUUUCCUUUCCUCUCCUCUUUCACCGUCACACACACUCUUUCCUACGUUUUCAUCCUCUUUUUAAUAUCAUUUCCCGGUAAAGACCGUCUUCUUUUCAGUUUCAGUCAGAGAUCACCAUUUCCUCAUAAAACCGACACGACUUUUUGUUCAAAAUACAGAACAAACCAACGUUGUUUUCAAAAUGCCCGUUGUUUGUCUUACAAGUUUUAAGGUUAAAGCGUGAACGCGUUGUUAACUUUUCUUAAAAGUUUGAAACAAAAACAGGAUUCGGCUUGAGAUAGAAGCUGAAACUUCUCCUUGAGUUCAUAUUGUUUCCUCUGGUACGGUGAUGUUUGAUAUAGGAACAAUGCAAUCUAUGUCGAACCUUGAUUGCUUUCUUCAUCGUACAACACCUGUAGUACCAUCUAAGUUGCUUCAGCAGAAUGAGAUUGGAAAGCUUAACCGUUUAUGGAAUCGUUGCUGUGAUAAAGAAGCAGUUGAGUAUUUCAGUUUGAGUAAUCUUUGGAAUUGCUAUAAUGAGUGGAGUGCCUAUGGAGUUGGAGUUCCAAUUCACUUGAAUGAUGAAGAUACACUUGUGCAAUACUAUGUUCCUUAUCUCUCUGCAAUUCAAAUAUUCACUAGCAACAAUUUCAGAGAAGAGAUUGAGUGUGGUGAUAGUGAGACACGAGAUUCGUUGAGUGAUUCUUACAGUGAUGAUAGCGAGUGUGAUAAGGUAUGGAGUUCAUCAGAAGAAGGAGAGAACCUCUGGAAUUUGGAUGAUCGACUGGGUCACCUUGAUUUCCAGUAUUUUGAAAAAUCAACUCCUUAUGAAAGAGUUCCUUUGAUGGAUAAGAUUAAUGGGUUAGCAGAAAGGUACUCUGGUUUGAUGUCACUUAAAAGCGUUGAUCUUUCACCAGCUAGUUGGAUGGCAGUUUCAUGGUACCCAAUAUAUCAUAUUCCCGUGAGAAGGACAAUUAAAGAUCUUUCAACAUGUUUUCUCACUUACCAUACACUUUCAUCUUCCUUCCAAGAUAAGGACCGUGAUGAUGAAAUGGAAGGAACACAAGAGAAGAAAGGUGAAGCAAUCUGUCUGGCACCAUUUGGUUUGGCCACGUACAAGAUGCAAGGGAAUAAUUUGUGGGUUUCAGGAAAAUGUGGUAGGGACCAAGAAAAGGUGGUUUCGCUAUGUAGCGUGGCAGAUUCAUGGUUGAAGCAAUUAAAUGUCCACCAUCAUGACUUUAAUUACUUCAUGGGUAUUAGGCAUGGCUAAAUUUAAGAAUUAAAAUGCACUAUUGCACUUUGUUUACCCAAUGAGGAAUGAUGACUUUUGUAGUUCUUUAAUACUCUGAGUAGACUCUUCUGAAGUAGAUUGAAGAGAGGUAGAUGAGGAGGUAGGAGUAUUUACUAAGUCGAAACUAUUUACAACUUUAAACUUGGUUUUACUUUUGUACUGUAUUCAUUAUCAUGCUAUUUAAUACUAGUACUUACUUGAGGUUUGAGA